ACAUUCAGGCGGGAGAUUCGGAAAUACAGAAGCUCUUUCGGUUUGAGUAGCCUACUCUCCAGUACAGAAAUAUUCAAAUUAUUCCAGAUUUCUUUGCCGGUUACAGAACGGAUUAAUGGAGCCGCUGGACUUUGUAACGAGAUCCACUGAAGAGUUGCUGUUUUUUCUCCACCGAAAAAAGACGGAGAUUUCGUGCAUCGAGCAACCGCACAGAUUCCUCACUCAGCUGCGCGAUCACGACCUGGUUCCGGAGAAACUCUUUGAAAAUGUGAAAAAGAAGCGUUCUCGUGAGCAGAAGGAGAAGAUUGUCUAUGAGGUUCUGGACUGGGUGGAGAAAAAUAAACCACAGUACAUACAUCAGUUCUGGCGCUGUGUGUUUGAAGACCAUAUCUUGAAGUUCUACCCGCCACUAUGCAUGCUUAGAACAAAACUGCUGGACGGCACUUUCAAAUUUGAUGAGAAACAUCCAGAUGUUGAGACACCAGAAGAGGAGGAAGAGAGUAAAGGAAAGGCAGAGAAAGGGAAGGAGAAGAACUACAAAAGAAAGAGAAGUAGUGAGGAUAAUGAUGAUCCUGAUCCUUCCUCUGCUUCCACACCCAGUCGGAAGAAACCAGGCAAAAAACCCUCAUUCUCGUCUCUUGUGAAGAAAGGAGACAAGCAGGAGAUUUGGAAGUGGCCUAUUUAUAAAACUCAGCUGCCUGUAACCUGUGGGGAUAAAGAAGGCACUCUCUUUCGGGACAAAUUGUCCAGAGGGGAAAAGUGUAUUUUGUCUCAAGAACGCUGGUUCACCCCAAAUGAUUUUGAAAAGUUUGCGGGGAAGGAAAAGUUCAAAAACUGGAAACUCAGCAUCUGCUGCAGAAACACACCACUUAAGAAACUCAUUGAGGAGGAGCAUCUACAGUGUCCACCGAUGGAGAUAAAAAAGACAACAUGUGUGCAAAAAGACAUGAAGAAGUUGUUUCCUGUCAGCUCAUCUGAGAGCUCCAGUGAAGACUCAGAAAAAAGCGCAGGUUCGGUGGAAGAAAGUGAUGCUGAAGAUUUCCAGGAACAGGGAGGGAGAGAAGAAGGAACAGAGUUUAGAGGGAGAGUUGAAGAGGAAGAAGACAGGGCAGAUCUGUCUGUUUUCCAGGCUCCUUUUUUACCAAUCACCUGUGUUUCACUUACUGGGACUUUAUACAAAUACAGGUUUGCAACAGGGAUAUUUGGGAAGUGUAUACGCACUGAGGAAAGAUGGUUCACUCCGGAGGAAUUUGUAAAGCAGGAACCGACUCUCACAGAUGGACACUGGAAGAAAGAUAUACUGUGCCAUGGAAAAACGCUCAACUUUUUAAUCAAGAAAAAAAUCCUGUGCAUACAUUUACCUCUGUGUGAAUGUCAGAAUUGCACCAUUAAAAAGGAAGACCUGAUGGCACAGAACAAUGAUGACGUGUGUUUCAUCUGUGACUCUGAGGGAGAUCUCGUGUGUUGUGACGAGUGUCCACGAGCUUUUCAUUCACACUGUCACCUACCAGCUGUACCUGAAGAAUCACCUGGGGAAUGGAUUUGUACCUUUUGCGUGUUAAGAACCAGUCAACAAUGGCUUGACUCCAGAAACAUGUCUGAACAAGAGGCUUUCGAUGCCCCAGUGUCUCAGUACAGAUUGCACUGCCACUACCUCCUCUUAUGUGUGUAUAGAGAGGACAUCCAGAAAGUGUUUGUUAAGGAUCCACGGCAAACGGUGCCUAGAUACUCUGAGUUCAUAUCUCAGCCGAUGUGGCUGGACAGAAUAAAGCAGAAAUUGGAAAGUGGAGAGUAUCAGACGAUAGGAGCAUUCGUCUCAGACUUUCACCUCCUUUUCAGCAACUGCAGAACGUUCAAUAGGAUUUUUUUGUUCUCUUGCUCUCUAAAGGACAAUGUUUUUGGCCAAAUGGGGGCCAGGCUGAAGAAAAUUUUCGAGGAAGAGUUCAAGAAAAUUUUCUGUAUCGGAUAACAAGUUUUUUAAAGAUACAAUUGAGAUCUGGAUAUUUUUCAAUAUAAGAGUUCAUUACAAUAAUGUAUAAGAUGUAUAAUAUGUUUAAUCUUGCAGUCAAUGAUUUGGAAAAUGCAUUGGUUACUUAAAACAAUAUAGAAAACCAAAACUAUCACUACUGUUAAUAAUAAACAUAAAAAAUAUAUACUCCAAAUUUUUAGAUAAAGGUAUCGGUAUUAUUAUUAGAUCUUCUUUACUGACAUAAUCAAAUUGCCUUGUGUAGUUAUUUUUGUUCUGUAGCCUUUUUUGUAUUUUGUUAUGUAAAUGUUGUGAAGUAAAAUAUUCUUUGAGUGCUUCACCAGGUAUGUAGAUAUACUUAGAUGACAGGUGACACCAGUGGAGGAACUAGAGUUUUAAACAAGGGGUGGCCAGGCCAAGGCUAAUUCAGGGGGUCCAUAGAUCCUGACAGAAAAUCAGUGUAUAACUCCAGCCUGGCAUAAAAAACGCAUCGAUAAAUCCUACGAUUGCUGAUUACUUCACAUUAUCCCACAUCAGCUAUACGUUCCUACCAUAACUUUAAAUGUUAUAACUUAUUCUCUUACUUCUAUCAUCUCAUUAACCUAUGGUUGGAGCAGAUCUUUUUUUUUUUUUGCAGUCACAUGAUCCUUCAGAAAUCAUUCUAAUAAUCUGAUUUUCUGCUCAAAAAAACAUGUAUUAUUAUUAUUAUGCUGAAAACGGCUAAGUCGUUUUUUUUUUCAGAUUUCUUUAAGUUUAGAUGAAUAACAUUUUUAUUUUCCAUCUUUCCUGUUCUCUAUAGUGUACAUUUUUCACACUCGUUUAUGCACACCGAAUGGCUUUUGGUUAUGUGACCGUGUUUCAAGCUGCAGGCUUUCCGCGGUUGAGUGUGAAUUCAUGAGACACUAUAAAUUAAGUUGUAGACUAUGUUUCAACAUGAAUCUGAUGUGCACUCUGUUUAUUUCAUGCUAAUUAUACGCAUGUGAACUGUCACACCAACCGAAUUUAUCAUUUGAAAUUCUUAAUAAA